GCCGCCCUGUUCUCGAAAUUGCGUAGCUUCUCCAUUGGCAGCGGGCCCAACUCGCCGCAGCGCGUCGUCUCCAAUCUCCGCGGAUUCCUCACCCAUCGCCUCAGCAACAUCACACCGAGCGACACAGGUUGUUCACUGGCAUGCACACACCUCCAACUACAACAACAACCACACCAAAACAUGUAAAACCACACAGCAACAACAUCAAAGGCAACAACACCACAGUUAACCACAAGCAACGAUAAACCACCUCGAAAGGAGCAAGGAAAGCGGAAACGGAAGCGGCCAUAUUUGUAUUUCCGGCAGUAAAAACAUGGCAGCCCCUCAGAACGGCGCUUGAAAAGCUUUAAAGCAACAGAGAAGAGUACAAAACAAAAGAAAGAGAAAGAAAAACUGGUCCAGAACUUUGUACACCUCAGCGAUUAUCAAGUUAAUCAACCGAAAUGGCCUCAUUCCAAAUACCUGUUAUCAACCUCGAGUUGCGCGAGGUCAAGGACAUCGUGUGGGAGAAGAUCCAGGAGCCGGUGAACCAGCGCCGCCUCAUUCUGGUCAUAGUAUCGAUAGCACUGCUGCUGGACAACAUGCUCUACAUGGUGAUCGUGCCCAUCAUACCCGACUAUCUGAGAGAGAUUGGCAGCUUCGACGACGGGCCCACGCCGCCUCCCUUGAGGGACAACAUUACAGGAAAGAUCAUACCCGUGCAUCAUGAUCACCAUGGUCAGGACUCGGCCACGGGCAUCCUGUUUGCCUCCAAGGCCAUUGUCCAGCUGAUGGUGAAUCCCUUCUCGGGCGGCCUCAUCGAUAAGAUCGGCUACGACUUACCCAUGAUGAUCGGCCUGACCAUCAUGUUCUUCUCCACGGCCGUCUUCGCCUGCGGCAGCAGCUACAGCGUCCUGUUCUUCGCCAGAUCUCUCCAGGGAGCUGGUUCCGCCUUCGCUGACACCGCUGGAUUGGCCAUGAUUGCGGAUCGGUUCACGGAGGAGAACGAACGGUCCCAAGCUUUGGGCAUUGCGCUGGCCUUCAUCAGCUUUGGCUGCCUGGUGGCUCCACCAUUUGGCGGUGCCCUCUACCAGUUCGCCGGCAAGGAGGUGCCGUUCCUCAUCCUGGCACUGGUCUGCCUGCUAGAUGGCCUGAUGCUGCUCUUGGUCAUGAAACCCGUCAAGGAGGCGAUCAAGCAGAGCAAGGAGGUGCAGGACCAGGUGAUACCCAUCUGGCGCCUGCUCAUGGAUCCCUACAUUGCCGUCUGUGCUGGGGCCCUGACCAUGUCCAAUGUGGCGCUCGCCUUCCUGGAGCCCACCAUCUCGCUGUGGAUGGAGGACAACAUGACCACGGACAACUGGAAGAUCGGCAUGGUGUGGCUGCCCGCCUUCUUUCCGCACGUGCUGGGCGUGGUCAUCACGGUGAAGAUGGCCCGCAAGUAUCCGCAGCACCAGUGGCUAAUGGCCGCCGGAGGACUGGCCCUGGAGGGCUUCUCCUGCUUCAUCAUACCCUUCUGCAGCGGCUACAAGAUGCUCAUGCUGCCCAUCUGUGUGAUCUGCUUUGGCAUCGCCCUAAUCGACACGGCUCUGCUGCCCACGCUGGGCUAUCUGGUGGAUGUGCGUUACGUCUCCGUUUACGGCAGUAUCUAUGCCAUAGCGGAUAUAUCCUACUCGAUUGCCUAUGCCGUGGGACCCAUUAUAGCAGGAGGAGUAGUGGAAGCCAUUGGAUUCACGGCCCUCAACUUCUUGAUAGCCUUCUCGAACCUGGCCUAUGUGCCCGUGCUGCGAAAGUUGCGCAAUAUCUACGACUUUAAGCCCUUCGAGAACGAGGCCAACAUCCUCAUGCAGGACCCGCCCAACAAGGAGUACCAGACCUACGUGAUGCACGACCAGAAGCCCGUGGAGGGCGGUGUCAAGAAUCACCUGGAGUACGGCCAGCAGUACCAGCAGGAGCAGGAGACCAAUCUGGAUGACCAGCAGUACGAGUACCAGCAGCAGCAGGGAUACCAGCAGGCCGGUGGCUAUCAGCAGGAUCAGGGCUACCAGCCGGGCUAUCAGGAGCAGGGCGGCAGCUACGCCCCCCAGGGACAGCCCCGCGUGGCCAAUCCCUUCCAGCAGCAGCAGCAGCAACAACAACACCAGCAGGCCCAGAGCAGAGGUCCUGCCGGUCCGGCGAAUCCCUUUAGGCAAGGAUUUUAAACUGUUGCCCAAGCCCAUUGGCACAACCGAAAACCUAGUUUUAAACCGUGUUCUUUUCGUUUUCUGCUGAACCCGCUCUAAACUCGACACAAAACACAUAUACAUAUAUUUAGCAUAGACAUAUAGGCAAGUGGUACGUACACUAUAACGAGCAUUACAUGCAGAUAGUUAAUACAGCAGCUAGUUAAUGCACCGCACCAAGUUUUGUAUCAUACACGAAUGUUGAAGCAACUUAGGUCAGUGAUGGGAUGGGCAGGACUUGGGUUACCUGGGGGAUUACAGGAAAUAAAUAAAAUGUUACUUGCGGUCAGAAAUUAGAUCUACUAAACCAAACUCAUGAUUACAUUUUUCAAAAAGUCUUCAAAAAUUCUGACAUCAGCAGAAGGAAUCAAGGAAAAAUAGCCAUAUAUCAAGAUUUGUAAAGCUUUUUUAGUACAUAUCAGGUCAAAAAAUCAGAAAAAUCCAGCAAAAAACAAUAUAAGUUCCGGAAAUAAGGAUUACUCAGACAAAUGCAAAAUUAUUCCUCCCAAGAAAACCCAAGUCCUACCACCGCCUACAAAGAUCCCAUCGCUUGAACCACGCAUAUAUGCGUCAGCAUAUAGCAGCUAUAUAGAGCGGUCCGAUCGGACCGCCUAUGCCCUAUACUCAGUACUCAUGCAGCCGUUUUCGUGUCUAUCAGUCAGUGAAGCUAGAGAAACCAAAGCCUAGGCAUAGUUAGUCGGUAAGGGGAGGACCUCCUUUGGACUCCCGCCCUAUCAAAUAUACACACACGCAAAUAUGUAUCAGAUAUUAUAUACACGCAUAUAUAUCUAUAUACAAGCUAGCUGUAAGCGGCUCAGCUGGCCAGCGGACCAUUUUCGCCCGAGUGUCGCCGUCCCACAGGCAAUGGCAUCCAUAUCGCAGACAUAUCACAAGUUGCACAAAUCGAAACCCUCCCCCGCCCGCUGAACCAGAGGAACUCUUUCGGGUGUCAUUGUGGCGGACUCGGGAUGGGAAUGGAUUCCCGGCCAGCCUGGCUAUAUGAUUUCCGGUUAGAACACAUUUUAGUUUCAACGUUUCUUAACAUAAGACACAACCAAGGUAACGAUACAUAUCAGAGUCUCGAUGGCUCGCCUGUUAAAAUUACCAAAAGUGAUAUUACUUAUUGCUACUAGUCUAUACAUAUAUCGGUAAUCAUAUCAUAUCGGUAACAUACACACCUACUUUUAGGCCGUACAUGAAGUGUACAUACAUAGGCUAUAAAACCAAUGGAAACGGAAAUCGAUUGAGAUUCAAAUUCAAGUUUCAUAUUUACCUACCAAUCAAUUAUUAUUUGCUUGUUGACUCUAUGAGCACACGGGCCGCUCCGAUCAGGGGCUGCCGCCAUAGUAGAUCUUCGAUAGCAUAGCAUAAAUGUGUGUACCUUGUCUAUAAGAUAAAGAUAAACCUAAAGAAAAGAAUAUGAAUAUAUUGAUUAACGAUUACUGUAUGCAUACAAUACAGUAUUUUUGAUUCGUUUCGACUGCACCACUUUUUAGGGCAGUUUAUUGCCCCUAUAUUAUACACCUUUUAGCCGGAGCUUAGGAUCCACUAUAUGAAUAAGUAAAUGUAUCUUUUAUAUACAGUUCAGCAUGCGUAUAUUGGAUGUCAGAAUGAUUAUGUACAUUUUUCGAAUGUGUUUAGUCGGCAAUUACAGUUGAUUGGAAGUAUAUUAGAGACUCUCUAUAUCCGUGAACAUAUCAGUAAAACGGCCAUUUCGAAACUGCUGUCAGUGCGGACCCAGAAUAAAUAUUAUGAGUAUCUUAUGAAUUACGAAAGCAAUUGGUUAUACGCUAUAUACACUAUACAUUUACAGAAAUGCACUGAUUUUGAUGAAGUUACAAAUUGCGUUCAUAGGGUCUAAAAAAACACUCGGUUCAGUAUGGUUUUUUAUUAAAUUUGUUUAAUAGAUAAAAUAUAAAAAUGUUGUCUGUUUUUAUGGUUAUAUUUGCGUUAUAUUUCUCUCUGUUCGUUGAUAUUUUAAAUUUUUUGGUUAUUUUCCUAGACUUACAAACACUUACAUACACUUAAAGUAUAUACAUAGCUCUACAAAUUUACAAACUGUAGAAAUACUCUUAACUAUAAUAUGAAUUAAACUCAUGAAAAAAUCUCCCAUCAAAAGUAUCAAUUAAAUCGAAGGACAGGUAGUGGUGAAGAAUAAAGUGUUAAAGCAAACUACAUAUUUAUAUAUGAAAAGCAGAGAACAAGAAACCAGAACAAUUAAUAUAGUCAAUAACGUACAUAUAUAUACUAUGUAACAUAUUAUAUAUAGAUUGUUUAUUUAAGUAGGUAACAAUAGAAUUUUAAUUACAAUUAACCAAGCAUAAAUAUAAUGAACCCCGAGAAAGCAAUAUUUCUUUAAGUUUCCUUUGAAACAAUAAUCUAAAAACCAGCCCAAAAGUCAUCUAAAGUUUGGUAUUACUAUCAAAAUUCCCUUCUGGUAUUCCCCAACAUAAACACUUUCCUAAAAUAUUUUAAGUCUUGACAUUACUUUUAAGGCUGGAUGUAGAUAGAUGUCAAAAGUAAUACAAGACAAUUUCAGGCAUUCAAGAAUUCAAUAGAUUGGAACUGUUUUAACCAACGUUUGGUAGAGCGCAACAUGUAUAUGAAUCUUCCAGUUUUGGUUUACAAAAAAUAUAUAAAUAUACAGCUAAGUAAUAGCCAUCACAUAAGUAGUCAAGGACGGGUCCCAGAAGGUCAAUAGACAGUAGCCCGAAGGAUGUGGAAGCAGUGCCGGCAAUGUGUAAUAACUUACUAACAAAUAAGAGCAAAUGGAACGCAUAAACUAAGUGUGUUACGAGCAUAUAAAUAUAAACAUAACACUAUAAGAAACGAUGUAUGAUAAAAUAUAUAAAUAUACGUUUAUAAAAGGAAUUAUAAAAUACGAUAGCAGUUAAUUGAAUGGUUAUACUCUGCGUAUUACAAGUGUUGAAUGUUCAAUAGCAUUAUAUGAAUUAUGAAUUAUACGCAAUAACUGUGCGCUAUGGAUAAUUAAUGAACAAAUUAAUUUUUAAUAUCGAAUAUUUACUAAAUGAUAUAGGGAUUUUACCUUGGCAACAAAACCAGUAGCACAGACAGAAUAAUUUCGUAUUUUUUCAUAUGAGAAAUGGCUCUCCGACAGUUUCUAUGUGUUGUGCGUGUGAAGAACGUUUUAGAAAAUUUAAUUGUAUACCCUAGACAAAAUAAAAUGAGCUCGUAAGCGAAGCCCACAAAGUUAAUGCCACCACAGUUCAGUUUCGUAUUGUAUAUAAGGCAUAUUGUUAGUUUCGAAUGUCUUUUUUGGUAACUUGACCCUCAAAGGUCAGGGUCGGAGCGUUUCAAGUACAUACUAAUAUAGUACUGAGCUAAAUUAUUACGGAGGUCUUUGCAAUUUGUUUCGGCUAAUGUUAUAGACGUUUGUGUUACAUAUUUAACAAUAAUUAUUACGAUAAACAGUGGAAAUUAUUAUAACAGAUAAGUAAGCAAAUGCAAACGCAAACGCAAAACCAGAGGCGAUACCAAAAUUUUACCAACUAUCCAAUCCCAGUUCUGUAACGUUGCUGUUCAAUUUCCAAGUCUAUCCAUCUAUAUUCUAAACGUAAUUAUGUUUGUAUUUGAAUAUCACACCGUUCUUCAACUAUCCCCAAGAGAAAAACUAAGCAAACUAAGUGCUAUGCAUAUCAAAACGAGACGAAUCGAUGUUCGAUGACUUAACAACAUAGCUAGAGCAUAUUUUCAAGGCAAGCCAAAAACCCUCUCUAUAAUCAAAUGUAAACAGUAGUGAACUCAAGCAGGAACUGCCUUAAGAACAAACAUCCUUGAAGUUUGCUUCGGUGUGUGCGAAUUCUCCAGAAAAUUCAAUUUCAAAGCUCAAUUCAAGCAAAAUUAAGAGCUAAAACAAAUAGAACUUGCGCUGACAUUGACAUUUUCUGGAAUUAUUCAAGGGUGAAAUGCAAAUAGAAAACUCGCAUGAAUCUAUAAGCGUAUUUGGAUGGCAUCAAGAGAGAACUCAAAGUGGCAGUCGCCUGCUUCUGGCUAUGGAAAAUGUUAUGAAUAAUGAAUUGAGCAAGCAGAAAAUAUAACCGAACGUACAUUAAAGCAUACAGAUAUUGGCAUGAGCUAUAGAGGAAAGAUAAUGCAUUAUUACAGAGCAACACGCCCACACACCCCAUACACCCGAUACACACACACACCCAACAGAGACAAACAACACAAGACAAACAUGUACUAUUGAAAUAUAAUUGUUAACCAUGGAAAA